CUACAAGCUACAAUGUGUUUCUAAACAACCCAGCACUAAAAGGUUGAGCUAUGGUGUGAUCUGAGACCAGCAAUUGGGAUCAAGAUUGAGGUUUUGGCUUAGAAAAAUGGACAAGAAAAUAGAGGCUUUGUUCAUUUUCUUGAUCAUUGGGACAAUCUUUCAUAUUGUGAAUGGUGAUCCAGUUGAAGAUAAGCAAGCUUUGCUUGAUUUCCUUCACAAUGUUUCUCACACACGCCCUCUAAAUUGGAGUGAAAAUUCAUCUGUAUGUGGAAACUGGACCGCAGUAAUCUGCAACAAAGAUGAGUCCAGAAUCAUAGAGCUUCAUUUGCCUGGAGCUGGUUUACAUGGUCCAAUCCCUCCCAACACUCUCAGCCGUUUGUCUUCUCUUUCGGUUCUGAGUCUCAGAUUGAAUAGCUUAUCAGGGCCAUUCCCUUCUGAUUUUGUUAAACUUGGAAAGUUAACCUCCCUUUAUCUUCAAUCCAACAAGUUCUCAGGGCCAUUGCCUUUGGACUUUUCGGUUUGGAAGAAUCUCACUGUCCUGAAUCUCUCCAACAAUGCAUUUAGUGGGAGCAUCCCUUCUUCGAUUUCCAACUUGACUCAUCUGACAUAUUUGAGUCUCGCUAACAACUCGCUUUCGGGUGAAGUUCCUGAACUCAAUGUUCCUAGUUUGCAGCAGCUCGAUCUAGCCAACAAUAAUCUCACAGGCUGUGUGCCUAAGUCUCUUGAAAGGUUCCCAAGCUCGGCCUUUUCGGGUAACAAUCUUUCAUCACUAGCCCUCCCCCCAGCUCUUCCUGUUCAACCACCUAGUUCUUCUCAACCAAGUAAGCACAAGAAGUUGUCUGAGCCUGCACUGUUGGGUAUCGUCAUUGGCGGGAGUGUUCUGGGGUUUGUUGUGAUUGCCUUUUUCAUGAUCAUUUGCUGCUCCAAGAACUCAGAUGGUGAUCAGAAUGGGGCUGUUGCAAAAACACAGAAGAAACAAGUGUCUUCGAAGAAGGGAGUUUUGGGGAGCGAAGACAAGGACAACAGGAUUUUCUUCUUUGAGGGUUCCAAUUUUGCAUUUGAUUUAGAGGACUUGCUGAGGGCAUCUGCUGAGGUUCUUGGUAAGGGAACCUUUGGGACAACGUAUAAGGCGGCUUUGGAGGAUUCAAAUACUGUUGUGGUGAAGAGGUUGAAAGAAGUGAGCGUCGGAAAGAAGGAAUUCGAGCAGCAGAUGCAGAUUGUGGGAAGCAUCAGCCAUGAGAAUGUCGUGGCGCUGAGAGCGUAUUACUACUCCAAGGACGAGAAGCUUGUUGUGUAUGAUUACUUCGAGCAGGGAAGCACCUCUGCAAUGCUACAUGGUAAAAGAGGAGAGGGCAGGACUCCACUUGACUGGGACACCCGACUCAGAAUAGCACUUGGUGCAGCGAGAGGCAUUGCUCAUAUCCACACACAGAAUGGUGGGAAGCUUGUCCAUGGAAACAUAAAGGCCUCAAAUGUCUUCCUCAACCCUCAAGGAUCUGGUUGUGUGUCUGAUGUUGGCUUACCAACACUGAUGAGUCCAAUGCCUCCACCAGCAGUGCGAAAUGGAGGAUACCGUGCCCCAGAAGUGACAGACACUCGGAAGUCUACCCCUGCAUCUGAUGUUUAUAGUUUCGGGGUGCUGUUGCUCGAGCUUCUCACUGGAAAAAGCCCAAUACAUACAACAGGUGGUGAAGAGGUUAUUCACUUGGUCAGGUGGGUGAACUCGGUGGUUAGAGAGGAAUGGACAGCAGAAGUGUUUGAUGUGGAGCUACUGAGGUACCCAAACAUCGAGGAGGAGAUGGUCGAGAUGUUACAGAUAGGAAUGUCUUGUGUAGCCAGAAUGCCCGAGCAGCGACCAAAAAUGAUGGAUGUUGUGAAGAAGGUGGAGGAAAUUCGUCAAGUAAAUACUGCAACUCCAAUUAGUCAACAAUCCCCAUUAGAAAUAUCUACUCCAGCCAUAAUACCUUCAACCUCUCAAGCACAAGCUCAAGCGGUACAAGCACAAGCACAAGCGGCACAAGUGCAAGCACAAGCGGCACAAGCACAAGUGCAAGCACAAGCACAAGCACAAGUGCAAGCACAAGCACAAGCAGUAGCUGAUAUAGCAUCAACAUCUCAAGCACAACCACAAGCACAGGCACAGGCACAAUCACAAGCAAUACCACAAGCACAGUCACAAUCACAAGCACAAGCACAGCCAAAGUGAUAUUCUUUCUUCGUAGUCAGUAGCUAUGAUCCUAUGAUUUUUUAUCUUUUAAUUGAAAUUUCAUCAGAUUUAAGCAAAAUGGUUUUCUCCUUGUAGUAAUUAUGAUCCUAUAUGAAACUUAUAUUUCUAUAAAAGCUGGUGUUGAAGUUACUUUUACAGUUGUAGUUGUUUAUUUUGCUCCUUGUUCAGUGUAAGGUAAUACUGAAGGUUCUUUUGUUAAUCAAUUACACAAAAUCUCCGAUUGUGAGAAAUAGAUUGAAG